UACUUUGGAACAUCCUAACAUGGUGUGGGAAGUGAAGACAAAUCAAAUGCCUAAUGCUGUUCAGAAACUCCUUCUGGUAGUGGACAAGAGAACUUCAGGGAUGAAUGAGUCACUGGAGUUGCUGAAGUGUAAUGAAAACCUGCCGUCUUCUCCUGGAUAUGCGUCCUCUGACGAGCACAUGGAACUUGAUGACCUUCCUGAACUACAGGCUGUGCAGACAGAUUCUGCUCCACCUGCACUUUUCCAGCUUAAUGCAGACGUUUCACAUCAAGAACGUUCAAGGCCUUCAUGGAACCAACAUACCUCAAACAGCAAUUCGGAAAGUGUUUAUCCGUGCGAGAACGGCGUGAACUGGUUGACAGAACUGGCAAAUAUAGCCACAAGUCCUCAGAGUCCCUUAAUGCAGUGCUCUUUUUAUAACAGAUCAUCUCCUGUUCACAUAAUAGCUACAAGCAAAAGUUUACAUUCCUAUGCACGUCCUCCACCAGGAUCCUCAAAGAAUGAUCCAAACGUGUCCAAGAAUGAUUUGGAUGAAACACCAGUCAGACAUGAAAGGGCGAACAGUGAAUCAGAAUCCGGCAUUUUCUGCAUGUCAUCACUUUCAGAUGAUGAUGAUUUAGGAUGGUGCCAUUCUUGGCCCUCAACUGUUUGGCACUGUUUUUUAAAAGGCUCACGUUUAUGUUUUCAUAAAGGACGCAAUAAAGAAUGGCAGGAUGUUGAAGAUUUUGCUCGAUCCGAAAGCCAUGGAAAUGAGGAAAAUCUCCCAGCGGGUGCUUACAAGGGCUAUGGUGCUGAUGGUUUGAAGCUGAUUUCUCAUGAAGAAAGCAUUUCCUUUGGUGAGUCAGUGCUGAAGCUGACUUUUGAUCCUGGCACAGUGGAAGAGGGCUUGCUUACAGUGGAGUGCAGGCUUGAUCACCCUUUUUAUGUUAAAAACAAAGGUUGGUCAUCUUUUUAUCCAAGCUUGACUGUGGUACAGCAUGGCAUUCCAUGCUGUGAAAUGCAUCUUGGAGAUCUGUGUCUACCUCCUGGACACCCUGAUGCCAUUAACUUUGAUGAUUCAGGUGUUUUUGAUACAUUUAAAAGCUACGACUUCACGCCGCUGGACUCCUCUGCCGUGUACGUGCUGAGCAGCAUGGCCCGCCAGCGCCGCGCAUCCCUCUCGGCGGCCGCGCCGGGAUCCGCGGGAUCUGCGGGCAGCCAGGAUGGGGGCGCCCCCAACUCGCCACCCGCCGCCGCCUCCRGCGCCCCGUGCGGCAGAGCCGGCAAGGGCCCCAGCUCAGGGACUGCCAGCGCCGCCUCGCCCAGCAAGUGCAAGCGCCCCAUGAACGCCUUCAUGCUCUUCGCCAAAAAGUACCGGGUCGAGUACACGCAGAUGUACCCGGGCAAGGACAACAGAGCCAUAAGUGUGAUACUAGGGGACAGGUGGAAGAAAAUGAAAAAUGAAGAAAGGAGGAUGUACACGCUAGAAGCCAAGGCCUUGGCAGAAGAACAGAAACGUUUAAAUCCCGACUGUUGGAAACGAAAACGAACAAAUUCUGGCUCACAACAGCAUUAAGCCCGGGUGUUCCUCUUAGCUCUCCAUUUACAAUAUGGCUUUUGCUUGAUGGCAAGAAGAUACGAGAUCAAGGUCUUGCUGUUUGUUGUGGAUUCCUGUGACCGUCGGUGGCACCAUCAAGUUGGAAGUAAUGACAUACGAGUGCAGGUCUGCUUUUUACCAUAGAACAUUAAGCAAGCUAAAAACUAUCAACAUGUUAAACCAAAUUGCCUUACUUCUCUUCCAAACUUCGUAUAUAUAUCAGGUAAUAUAGGCUUGAAAAUGGAUAUCCUGUGGUGCUAAAGUACUUUAGGAAGACGCGAAGGAGAUGUGUAUAAAUGUCUAUUUUUAAAAAAAGCA